GAAGGUUGGUAAUAUGGCGAAGUAAUGGCGUUUUCCGCCCAGCCGGACCAUGGGCAAAACGAUCGAACGCACAGGGAUUUGUCCGGUAUAGCCAAAGUUUCGAGAAGAGAGAAAACCAAGUUUGUUCCAAAUCCCGCGGCCAAACCUUUCGUGCCGAGUUCUAACUUCGACUCGACUGGCUCUAACAAGACCUGGUCUACAGCUCACAGGGGGCAGAGCUCGUUAUUGCAGUUUCAAAAUGGCACCAAUAGAUACAAGGACAGCAAGACAUUAGGAAAUGCACAUCAUGGCUUCAAAAAUGGAUCUUUACCAAAUGGCAUCACAGGAAACACACUUCUUCAUUCUUGCACAAACAAUAAUGGAGUUCAGAAAGAAAAGCCUCUUCAUUCAACACAAUCUCAACCUGGAAAACACAUUGCACUUCACCUUCUGUCAAAGGUUCUAGAUGAUGAAACUAUCUUCAACUUCACUAGCAUCGAUGAAUCUACUAAUCUUCCUGGUGAAACCUUCUCUUCAGGCCCUGGAUAUCUGCCGCAAUGUCAAAAUUUUGAUGGCUCAGCACAUUCCUGGCCUCUUACUUCUACAACCAACCAGCACCAUUCUCAAACAGAAGCACCAUCUGUCACUAUUCCAAGCAUUGCACCAAACAUUGGCUCAUUUCCACGACAAAACAUUUGGUCACAUGAUUCCAAUCAUGGCGUAACACCUCCACUAUCUCCUCUAGGCUCAUCUCCUUCUAGCUACAAUGAAUUAUCUGCCAAUGAUAGCUUCAGUCUUCAAAAGCCUGUAAGACCUAACUCUUUACCAGAGUAUGAAAGAUUCUCUCCUUUGGUAAAUGGUUUCAUUGAUGAUCAAUCCCCCUAUCCCUCUCCUACUGGCCAAUCAUACAGCUCUUCUAAUGCCUCACCACACCAGUCAUUUCUUCCAAUUCAAGAGCAUUUCUGUAAUGGAAAGAGCCAGCAAUCAUGUGAAUCUGGUUAUGCUAGUAAUUCAAACCAGGGCACACAAAUGUCACCAUCAUCACUUCACUGCUAUGUGGCAUCAUCACCAGAAAUCCAGAGUUUUAUUUUACCAUUAUCAGCACCUGGAAGCCAGUACAACAGUUCUCCCAGUCUGUCCCCCUCCUCCCCACCCUUGGGACAAAUGAGAUUGCAUCGGAAGUACUUGAGCUCAGAAAGUGAACAAAUGGUCAGUUCCUCAAGGUCAAAACAGCAUUGUUUUAGAGAGAAAUCCUAUCAGUUGCAAAGCCCUUCACCCAAGGAGCGCAGAGAAAAUGGAUAUGUAUCAUUCAGUCCUCUACAAAGAACUAAAAGUCCUUUCACAAGUGAGCUUCACCUGCGUCUAGAUGAAUGCUAUGAGCAACUGCGAUGUCUGGAAAAGGAAAGAAAGAAGGCAGAAGCAGAGAUCUCUCAUCUGUGGUCAAGUCGUAGGCUUUCUAGUUCUGGGAACAGCAAUAACUUGAGGCUUCAACCGAAUCCUUCUCGUGUUGACAAGAUGGUGAUUGACCAGCUGCGAGAACAUGCAAAGGUUGAGACCCUUGUGAGCAGAAUAGAGCGCAUAAGACACUCUCCCCUUCAUCUUAGUAUCAGUGAAUGUGUAGACCAGUGGCAGGAGGCCAUUAAAGAGCUACAGGCCAAGAGAAGAGAAGAAAUAAGCAGUUGUAAUGGUGGUAAUGCAGGGCGUAGCAGGCUAUGCUCUGCUUCAAGGUUCCUUGAUGGUUCUGAUCUCCAAGGCUUGGUGACAGCUGUCAAAAACCUCUGUGUGCAGACGCGUGCCAUCCGAACGACUGUAUGGUGUGCGGUUCACCUUGUAACAUGCGAAAGCAUUCCAAGAACCAGUAGCUUUGCAGAAAGUGAGAGUAGUGCAUCACCAUCUGAAAUGAAUGUUCUAGAGGGCACAGGAGAGGUAUCAUGAAAGUGGUUUGAUGAAUAAUGAUGGCAAAUUAAACAGUGGGAAGACAAAUCCACAGUAAACUGGAAUAUGACUAAUACAGUUAAUGAACAAUGUUAUAAUGCAACAGCAAGGAUAUAAGCCAUACAGAUGCCUAUUUAGCUCUACAGAUUUAGCAGGACUGAAAACACCAUUGAAGGCCAAUACAUGCAGCACGAUGAUGAAGCAAUUUGUUUAAUCAGCCCAGGAAUGAACUUAGCACUGUCAGGAACAUGCAUGCAUAUUCAAGAGUAGGCACGAGUGUACUGCAGCUACUACUGUGUGUAAAGUGUACCGGGAGUUUAAAUUCACGGUAUUGUAGUAAUACCAAUGCUUCAUGGUCACUGUUAAUCUGAAAAGAGCUGAUUGUGGUGAUGUAACAUGGUUAUCAAGGUUAAUUCAGUAUGUGUAUUUGAUGCUCCAUGCACUGCGCAUCAUCAAUGCGCUAGAAACGCAAUUGUUUGACAAGGAGGAGGGACUAUACAAUGAACGUAGUAAGGUUAAGUGAUCUGAUCUGUCCUAUUCGCGCUUUCAUUUACAGUGUCCAACGAAGGCAUUGCCUUUAUUUAUGAUUAUUUAAUUUUAGAAAUCAUUUCAAAAUUUGGUAUCUUUUUGAGAUUUUCCAAGUGUGAUCAAUAUCAGUGAUAUUCUGGUGUCUGAAAUCCUCCUACUCUUUUUUCCUGGUACAGGAAUGGAGUUAUGGAAUAUUACCCCUGGGUUCCUGAGGAAGGGUGUCUGACAGAUACAGUAGUUAGAAUAUUGUUUUCUGAAAAAAAGGUAGGCAUUGGUUAACUUAGAUACUGGCAGAAAUAAUUUUUACAUACCGUACCAUAAAUUGAUAAAUACAAUAAUAUGCAGUCACAGCUAAGCAGAAAAUUGUUUUUUGUUUGUUUUUGAAACAACUCCUCAGUCACAGAGAUCAAUUUUUCUUGAGCAAACACAACAAUUUCAACACAAAUCCACGUUUCACAAUCUUUCUCCUUGGUAUCAACAAUAAAUGAACGUUACAGUCAAACUAGUCUCCCCCACAGCCGCUUUCAGUGUCGUCACGCAAUGUUUUCUCCCCUGAGUAGUUACUCGGGGGAGAAAGCGUUGCGUGACGACACUGAAAGCGGCUGAGGGGGAGACUACAGUCAAACAUAAUAAUUUUCUAUUUCUUGAUAUUGUUUACAAAUUCAUGGUCAGAAAGGGAAUUAAAUUUGCCUUGGAAAACUCCAAGGAAAGCUUUGUGCAGA